UCCCUUCAGAUCUCUCCUUCCAUCUGCAUUAAUAUGUCACACCAAAAUAUGUUCACUUGUACUCCCCCUCCCUCUCUCUCUUGCUCUCUCUUCCCCCCUCCCUCCCUCCCUCCCUCCCUCGCUGUCUCUCUCUCGUUCUCACUCUCUGUCCUCCACCCAAAACAGCAAACACCCAAACCACCGCCUAAUUGGAUUUCAUGAUCAUUUCCUUUCAGCUCGCAGAGGCCAGCAGCUGGCUGACAUCGGUGCUCUGCAAUGACAACGCUCAAGUCGCUGCCUUUACCGCUCUUCCUGCUUGUUCUCCAAGUACGUCUCUCUACUCUGUUAGAGGACAACAAGAUUCCUCCCAGUCUGUGUACGGGCCACCCUGGCAUCCCGGGCUCUCCCGGAGUUCACGGCACCCCCGGUCUGCCUGGGAGAGAUGGACGGGACGGAAGAGAUUCUGCUCCGGGGGAGAAAGGAGAAAAGGGGGACAUGGGAGCUUCAGGUGAGACGGGUGAGCAAGGCCUGACAGGAGAUAAAGGUGACUCCGGAGAGCGAGGGCAGAAGGGUGAGGCGGGACAGUGCGCUGUGGCCCCCAAAUCAUCCUUCAGCGCCAAAAUAUCCGAAGGCCGCGACUUGCCGCUUCCCGCGGGCGGCGUGGUGCUCUUCGACAAGAUCUUGCUCAACCAGCAGGGCGACUACAACGCUGAGACGGGCCGCUUCACCUGCAAAGUCCCCGGCGUGUACUACUUUGCCGUCCACGCCACCGUGUACCGCACCAGUUUGCAGUUUGACCUCAUGAAAAACGGACACACCGUCGCCUCCUAUUUCCAGUUUUUCGGCAACUGGCCCAAACCGGCGGCGUUGUCGGGCGGGUCCCUUGUCCACCUGGUUCCCGGGGACCAGGUGUGGAUCCAGAUGUCUCUGGGGGAAUACAAUGGAUUCUACUCCAGCACCAAGACAGACAGCACUUUCAGCGGCUUCCUGGUGUACUCAGACUGGAAAAACUCUGCGGUGUUUGCAUGAGCGGUCAUACCUUGCAUAGGGAAAGUAACCACACGAUGGCCCAUUUAAGGUUUUCCUAAUAAGGGAUAUUUGGGACGAGACGUCAAUACGUUUUUGUUUUGUAAUGACAUUCACAACGGGCACAUACUAAACUGCAUGACUUGACUGCUUUUUCAGCAUCUGCAUUUCUACAGUGGAAUCUCUUCAGGGGUGUCAAACUCUGGCCCGCGGGCAAAUAUUGGCCUGCAAUGUAAUUAUAUUCGGCCCGCGAACACAAAUUCUGCAUCGACUGUGUCAAUACUAAAAUUGCCAAUUGUCUUCA